AUGUCUCCUCUUUUGCAAAGUCUCCAUCCCACCCACUUUGCAUUGACUUCUGUUUGGCCAGUUCUCCUAGUACAUAGGUUCAGGCAGGCGGCAAGUAGCCUUCCAGAACUGUUACAACCCAAGCACGGUAGUGGGCAGGGGGACAACUGGGGUGGAGAGAUGGGCUGGCUCUUGCACAGCAGCCAGCCAGUCCCUAGAACACCUGCCAGCCGCUGCAGCCCCUGGUCUCUGCUCGAAAGCCAGUGUAGGGCAUCUCCUUCCCUACCCAAGGAGAACAUGGCCAUUUCUGAACACAGUACUGUAGCCAUUUUCUUUGUAUUUUUUCACUUUUCUUUCUUGAAGCCUCAACUGAAGAAAAAACAAAAAGGGAAAGAGAGAGGAAUUCUUUCUUUCUGA